GCCUCCCCAUGGAGAAACCUGAAAAUAUUUCAAAUCAGUCAGAGCUCGCACAAAAAUCCAUAUGAGCUACACAGGGGAAUAAAACGCACACAAAAUGUUCUGUCAGGUUUAGGUCGUGGUGAACAGCUGAUAUCUUGGCUCACAUUCUGGAAAACCCCUGGAAAGAAAAUGAAACUGAAAGUAAACCUGAAGUCAGACUUCAGUGCAGGGAAAGACCUUCCUUCAGACUGCUCUAGCUCCUGAAAUACUGAGGUGCCUAAAAGCUACUGUUUACAUCAGGGACACUGUUCAUAGCCAAGGCUACAACAUGGCUAAACUUUUGGUGGCUGCUCUUGCUCUAUUCACGGAUUUGGUGAUGAUCUACGUGCUGGACUUGGUGGGCAGCCAGCUGAGAGGUGAAGUGAGGAGUUUGGAUGGUGGAGCUGACUUAGUGAGGCAGUGGACUGAGGCUGUGCUGAGAUGCUCAGUGCUCUGUUCACUCUUCCACUGGAGUGAGAGUGAUAAUGGUGUGAGAGGGCCACUGAUGAAGCGAUGGGUUCUAGCCCACUGUUUUAUCACUCCUGUGUAUGAAACAGGUCGGUUGACUCUGUUUGGGAGCUGGCCUCUGGAGAAGUCUGCGAUGUGGCUGCUGGGAAGCGUUGCUGCUGCUCUGGGAUGCCUGUUUUGGGAGACGCUCUUACCAGAGUCUAAUGGGGAAAGCAGCAGUAAGGAGAACAAGCAGAAAGCUCGAGUGCUCUUCAUGAGAGUGAUCCUCUUGUACAAACCUGACUACCUGUUUCUCAUCGGGGCAUCUGUCUUUCUCGCCUUAGCUGUCCUUUGUGAGAUGUUUAUUCCACUCUACACAGGAAAGUUGAUCGACAUCCUGCAGACUCAGUACAGCUGGGAUGAAUUUCUGUCCGCAAUAAUAUUAAUGACGUUUUUCUCUUUCGGAAGUUCUUUCAGCGCAGGCUGCCGAGGAGGUCUGUUCACGUGUGCGAUUGGCAGCUUUAUUAGUAGAGUGAAGCAUCAACUCUUCAGCUACUUGCUUAAGCAGGAAAUUGGCUUCUAUGAGACAACAAAGACAGGUGACAUCACAUCCAGACUGUCCACAGACACCAAUCUCAUGGCCCAAGCUGUAGCUCUAAAUGUGAACGUCCUUCUGAGAACCCUGAUUAAGACCCUGGGGAUGCUGUACCUGAUGUGUGGACUCUCCUGGAAGCUCACUGUACUGACGCUGUUGGAGACACCUUUGAAUGGACUGCUACAGAACAUCUAUGAUACACACUACCAGAGACUCUCAAAGAAGGUGCAGGACUCCAUAGCAAGAGCAAAUGAUGCUGCAGGUGAGGCUGUGUCAAGCAUCAGGACAGUAAAGAGCUUCAACGCAAAGCAGAGUGAGAAGUGUCGCUAUGAUGAGCGGCUGAUGGACACGCAUAAUAUAAAGACUCGACGGGACACAGUCAGAGCAUUGUACCUCCUGGUGAGAAGGCUCACAGAGUUGGGAGUGAAGGUGGCUAUGUUAUACUAUGGUCGCCUGUUUAUAACAUAUGGACAGAUGACUACGGGAAAUCUGGUCUCAUUCAUCCUCUACCAGUCAGAUCUUGCGGACAACAUUAGGACUUUGAUUUACAUAUUUGGAGACAUGCUGAACUCUGUGGGUGCUGCUGGGAAGGUGUUUGAGUACCUGGACCGCAAGCCUGAAGUGAGCACAGAUGGGACCCUGGAGCCAGAGGAACUGAAGGGACACAUCAGCUUCCAGAACAUCACCUUCUCUUAUCCAACACGUCCUGACCGCAAUGUGCUGGAGGACUUCAAUUUGGAGCUGAAUCCCGGUAAAAUGACUGCCCUGGUGGGGAUUUCCGGUGGUGGGAAAAGCACUCUUGUCAGUCUGCUGCAGAGGUUUUACCAGCCUCAGCAUGGACAGAUCCUACUGGAUGGACAGCCUCUGCGCAACUACCAGCACAAAUACCUGCACAGAAAGCUUGUUGCAGUGGGCCAGGAGCCUGUUCUCUUCUGCGGUACCGUACGGGACAAUAUUGCUUACGGAUUGCCAGACUGUUCGCUCGAGAGAAUUCAGGAGGCAGCACGCAAAGCCAAUGCACAUGAAUUCAUCUGCCAGUUAGAGAAAGGUUAUGACACAGAUGUAGGUGAGGGAGGAAGUCUUCUUGGUAGCAGUCAGAAGCAGCGCAUUGCGAUUGCCAGAGCUUUAAUCAGACAGCCACAGGUUAUAUUACUGGAUGAGAUCACAAGCUUUCUGGAUCCGAAGAGUGAACAAACGGUCCAACAAGCCCUGGCCAACUGCCCCAAUCAGACCUUACUGGUGAUCGCACACAAGCUGAAGACCAUUGAGAAGGCAGACCAGAUUAUUGUGAUUGACCAGGGGGUGAUUGUGGAGCGAGGGAGUCACCAGGAACUUAUGGAGAGGGAAGGGCAUUACUACAAACUGAAAGAGAAACUCUUUCCUGAAAAUAACAGUAACAGUUAAUGUGAAACAAAAAGAUCUGCAAGUCCAAUCUUAAAAUUUGGAAGCAGUGACACUAUCAGUAUACAGCACAACUGAAAUCAUACACUGGAAGAGUGUUUUGGGUUUUCUUUUCUCUUUUUUUUUGACAUUCCUCUUUGUUUCAACUGUUUUCUGAGCUACACUGUCGUCUUAGUUGAUUAAUAUAGUGUACAAAAAGCAAAUAUAUUGUAAGUGGUCAUUAAAAAUAAAAUAUUUUUGACUUUGAAAGGGGUUUAUUUAUAUGAAUGGGCAACGUUCGAAUUGUAAAUUCUCUUCCACUGAAGCAAAACAACAAAAAUACAUCAGAUUUGUUCAUUACAGAGAUGUGGGAUCAUUUUCGGUUUUUUAAUUACAUCAGAAACAAACAAGAAAGUAGAUCCAGACAGAAACUGUUUUAAUGAACAGUUUACAAUACAGGUAGUCGUCGACUUAGGACUGCGUUUGGUUACGACUGACCGGUCGUAAGUCGGCCUAUGUUAAAUGAACGUAAGUAUAUUGUGAUGUGUAAUGAUAUCUUAAAGUCUUAUUUUAUCAACAUUUAUUUCAUUACCUUGGCUCAUUAUUUGGUUUAAGUCAAACACUGCAUCCGACACUGCGUACAGUACAAUUCGUUUAAUAUGUGCAAAACAAAAAAUACGAAAUACAGGUGUGAAAAAUAGAAACCAUUUUAGUUUGAAACAUACCAAAAUACAAAUGUAAAACAUAGCAAAAUACAAAACUUAGUGACCGCUGGCAUCACUGGUGCUUGGCUGUGGGUCGUCUACGUCAUCAUCAGCUGUUGCAGCGCUCGGGCUGGCGGGAGGAUUUGCUCGUUUCAUAAACCAGGAGCUCGGGCGGAAACUGCAUGACGGAGCGUGAGAGAGACUGCGCAUGUGCCUGGAGCUGGGGCGGAAACUGUUGUACGCGGCGAGAGGCGCUGCCGGGAGCUGGGGCGGAAACUGUCGUACGCGCAGCUAGCUCAGUUGGGAAACACUUGCCAGUCAUAACCAGACGGUCGUAAAGUCGAUCGGUCGUAAGUUGCAUAGGUCGUAAGUCGACGACUACCUGUAUAUUACAAGUGACAGCAUUAAAAGUUCUGCUCUCAUUAUAAGAUCACAUCAUGGUGUGUUAUAAAGUUUUGUCUUGUUUUAGUGUGAACGCAGGCUGAAGAAUAUAUCCAUUACUGUAACUGACUCUGCAAAAACGAUAAUUUCUGUCACUGAAACGAUAAUGAUAGUUGUUUGUGUUUCAUGUUCAUUUGGAGUAGCUGCAUGUCUCUCAUAAAUGAUUGUAAUAUAUAUGACCUCCCUCUUCUCCCACUUAAAAAUAAUUUUGAAUAAAAAUUCUCAUUUUUUAUGAA